ACUGAUGAUUCUUACGGUGUCGUCGACGUAUGUAAACCGACUCUAGGCUACAAGCUAGCCAUGGCGCUUCUGCUUCCCUUCAUCUACAUGCUGUUUUUCUUCUCUGUUUUUCUUGUCAUGCGGAUAACCUACAAGGCCAGCCAAGCAAUCGACACCGCUGUUAUCUUCAACAAGCCAAUCAGUAGCUCGGUCGAGCUCGUCGGCGUCAGGGGGCUGGAUCCAUCUCUGGCCCCAGGAGCGGCGGCAUCGCCGGCUUUCGAUCUACUCCUGCGUCUCGACAACGGGGACGCCUGCGGCGACCAGUACCGAGAGGGCGGCAGCGUCAAGGUCUCCUACGCCGGCGUCCCCCUGGCGCACGGGAGCACCCCUGGCUUCCGCUUGGGGGCGAGGAGUUCCGCGACGGUGGCGGUGAACGCGACGAGCGAUGGGGUGGGUGUGCCGGAGGAGCUGUUCCGGCUCAUGUCGGCGGAGCAAAGGCUAGGCGUGGCUCAGCUGGAUAUUGGUUUGCAGCUGGGCUGGCCCGGUUGGGAGUCCUACUACUGGAGCGUCGAUUUGGAUGGUUGAAUAUGGGCCAAACCCUCAAAGUUUAGCCCAAGGACCAACAUCAUAGUUUACUAAUAAUAGCAAAGCAGUAUCCCUUAUGGAUUUUUUUAGUUUAUUAUAUUUAUUAUGUAAAUUAAAUUAUUGUGCCAUUGUCCACUGACCAAAAUGGAU